AUGGUGACAAGACGAAUUGCGCUAUCCAAGGUUCUCAGCUACCCGAACCUUCUCGCGCUCUUCAUCUUAGGCCUCCUCUACCACUUCUACGCGCUCGACGCAGCCUCGACUUUUGGCUUCAUCGUCCCCUCCCUCCGACAUGGCGGCGAUUCCAAAGUACCACGUACUGGUAACAUCCCCAAGCUACUCUGGUAUAAGCUGGGCCCCCGCGGCCUGAGCGAGGAACUUCGCAACCACACCGACACGUGUAUCAAACCCAACCCAGAGUACCGCGCUACCUUCAUGACCGACGAGAGCAGCGACGCCUGGGUCCGCGAAACCUUCUCCGCCUCCCGCCCCGACCUCGUAGAAGCCUAUCUCUCGCUCCCGGUGCCCAUUUUCAAAGCCGAUAUCCUCCGCUACCUCUUACUCUGGGACAAAGGCGGCAUCUGGUCCGACCUCGACGUUUCAUGCAAGGAGACGCCCAUUGACGACUGGAUCCCCGCCGAAUACAAGGACAAGGCUCAGCUCGUCGUGGGCUGGGAAUUCGACCACGGCCUCCCCGGCAAUUACAUACGCCAAUUCACCUCGUGGACCAUCAUGUCGGCCCCGCGAUCCCCAUACCUCGCCCUCAUCAUCGACGAUAUCCUGGCCGACAUUGGCAAACUCAAGGCAGAGCACAAUAUCACGACACAAGAACUCACGCUGAAAAUCGCCGGCGACGUUGUGGAUUUCACCGGCCCACGCCGUUUGACUCGGGGCAUUUUCACCGGUCUAUCGAAUAUGCUGAAUCGGACCGUCGGCCCGGACGAUGUAAAAGAGCUGGUUGUUCCGGUCUUGCUGGGCGAUGUCCUGAUUAUGCCCAGUAUAUCGUUUGCGCUCAGUAUGAAUGUGUUUAAGCCCGAGGAGAAGUUGUCACCGGAGUUGGUGACGCAUCAUUAUGCGGGCUCGUGGAAGAAUGAUAAGGGAGGGGAGGAGAAGAGGAGGAGGAGGAGGAGGGUGUUGCUCUGA